UUGGUCCUUUUCCCCAAGGUUGGUGCCCAGGAGCAAUGGCAAUGGCAGCGCAGGCCCCAGCUUGCCGGAGGUGAAACCUGGAGCUGCCUGCUCCCAUGUGAGUGCUGCUGCAUGAGAUCCCGUGCCCUCCCAGCUACCGCCGCCCCCUGACACCUGAUGAUACAGCGAGCCAUGGGCAGCGUCCGAGUCAACCGGUACAGCAUCGUGUCGACCGAAGAGGAUGGACACAAGGUGUCCGCGCUGGGCAGCAUGAAUGGGCACAGCCGGAACGGGAAGGGCCAUGCCCCCCGGCGGAAGCACCGCAACCGCUUUGUGAAGAAGAAUGGCCAGUGCAAUGUCUACUUUGCCAACCUGAGCAACAAGUCUCAGCGCUACAUGGCCGACAUCUUCACCACCUGUGUGGACACACGCUGGCGGUACAUGCUUAUGAUCUUCUCUGCCGCCUUCCUGGUCUCCUGGCUCUUCUUUGGCUUCCUCUUCUGGUGCAUCGCUUUCUUUCAUGGCGACCUCAAUGCACCGGCAGUGGGAGGUGGUCCCUCUCUCCUCAAGCCCUGCAUCAUGCACGUGAACAGCUUCCUGGGGGCUUUUCUUUUCUCAGUGGAGACACAGACAACCAUUGGGUAUGGCUUCCGCUGCGUGACUGAGGAGUGCCCACUGGCUAUCAUGGCAGUUGUGGUCCAGUCCAUUGUGGGCUGCGUUAUUGACUCCUUCAUGAUUGGCACCAUCAUGGCCAAGAUGGCAAGGCCCAAGAAGCGGGCCCAGACCCUCCUCUUCAGUCACCAUGCUGUCAUCUCAGUGCGGGAUGGCAAACUGUGCCUCAUGUGGCGGGUGGGCAACCUGAGGAGGAGCCACAUUGUGGAGGCCCACGUCCGAGCGCAGCUCAUCAAACCCUACAUGACAGAGGAAGGAGAAUACCUCCCCCUGGACCAGCGGGACCUCAAUGUGGGCUAUGAUGUGGGCCUCGACCGUAUAUUUUUAGUCUCACCCAUUAUUAUUGUUCAUGAGAUUGAUGAGGAGAGCCCACUCUAUGGGAUUGGCAAGGAAGAGCUGGAGACGGAGAACUUUGAGAUUGUUGUCAUUCUGGAGGGGAUGGUGGAAGCCACAGCCAUGACCACACAGGCACGAAGCUCUUACCUUGCUAGUGAAAUCCUUUGGGGUCACCGUUUUGAACCAGUUGUGUUUGAGGAGAAGAACCACUACAAAGUGGAUUAUUCACGCUUUCACAAGACCUACGAGGUAGCCGGCACACCUUGCUGCUCAGCCCGGGAGCUGCAGGAAAGCAAGAUGACUAUCCUACCUUCUCCCCCACCUCCCAGUGCCUUCUGCUAUGAGAACGAGCUGGCUCUUGUCAGUCAAGAUGAAGAAGAAGAUGAUGAUGAAGUGGGUGUGGUGUUAGGGGGCAGCACUAAAGAAGAGGGAGGCAUCAUCCAGAUGAUGGAUUUUGGAAGCCACCUGGACCUGGAGCGUCUCCAGGCAACUCUGCCCCUAGAUACAAUCUCAUACCGCAGAGAGUCAGCCAUCUAAUUCCAACCUCCCCAUUCCACACCCGUCACCCACCGUUUCCUCCUCUGUUCUGCACCCGUGCGUAGCUGGAUAAGUUCCUUGCCCACCAAAAAAUGCCUCCCGUGACUGCCUCCCAGCCCCUGAGUACAUCAAGGCCUGGAGCUGCUCUGAUAUAUUCCCUUUCCCAUGAAGUCAUACCGCCUGGGAGGGGAGUGAGGAUACACUACUCUUCCAGUGUAUGCAGCUUGUGCCAGGAUCCCUUUCCUGCCCAGAGACAGGAGAGCACCACGCCUGGUUUCUCAUCUCUGGAGAGGCGACAUGAGUCCAUGCCCUCAACAGACAGGCCAGGACCCACAGCAAGUAUUUCUGCUGCUGAGGCAACAGCAAACUUUCCGUUCCCUCUUGACAUGGGUAGGCCUCAUGGCUGCCAAGAGUCAUGACCACCACUAGGAGAGGAGUGAUACCUAAGCAGUGACCAGAUGAGGAUGGACGGGAGAGUUUAGGAUUCUUGGAGGGAGUGGAAAAGGAUCUCAAGGGAGGGGCUUACUUGCAUGUUUAUUGCUUGUUGCACAUGACUCUUUCUUUGUAUAUAAAACAGAACGAGAACCGAAAUCCAUAUUCUUCCACUGCAAACGCCAAGCUAGGAGACAAGAACGCUCUGCGUAGCCUACUCUGCACUCUCCUUGGCUUUUGGCAUCUGUCGCCUCCAGAAGCAGCUCAGCUCCACGGACUCAGACCCAGUCCUCCCAGUCCUCUUGGAAAACAAGUCCUGCUCCUCUCCUGAGACGCCUGGCAGAGGAGGCAGGGCCCUGUGCUUGCACACUCAGACUGCUCCCUGGCACGGUGUGGCCGGGAUGACAGACAAAUGACCUGACUGGACAGCAGACCCUCGACUUGCUCCUUUCACCUCCUCCGUUCUUCUCCCUGCUGCCAUCAGCUGUAAAACUGAAUUUGUAACUAUUUAUUUUUAAUAAAGUCUAAUAUCCCAGG